AUGGAUCCUGAGGGCGGUCUGCCAGACGUAAUUGAGGAGUCGCACCAAGUGGCCUACGGCAGUUUCCGUACCACCCACCAAUCCAGCGGGGUAAGGCACUUACUUUGGUUAAGGAGACAAAGGGGAGAGAUCUUCAUCCAACCCACCCACAUUCCGUGCGUUGAUAACACUCGUAGUGGGUACGGAAUUUACAAGGUACUGUUUGUUGUAUUGGUGUAUGAACGAAGAACGAACUAA